AUGUCGGCCGUGGCUUCUCUAUGUUCUUCAUCUCCAUCUUUGCUCAGAAAUGGAAAUACUAGAGUCACAGCCAUGGCUAAGCACACCCCAUUAGUUUUCUGUUCUUUACUGAAGAUCAAUCAGAAGAACAAUGUUAUUUUUCAUCCAUUGUUUAGCACUACUAGUAGUUCGAGCUGUUUGAUUGUUAAAGCUUCUGAAACAGAGACCGAGGAGACCUCCGAAUCAGGAGAGGAAAAAUAUGAAGAGUAUGAAGUUGAAAUUGUGCAGCCCUACGGAUUGAGAUUUACCAAGGGUAGAGAUGGUGGGACUUACAUUGAUGCCAUUGCACCUGGUGGUUCAGCUUAUCAAACUGGGAAGUUCACUGUUGGGGAUAAAGUGCUCGCCACAAGUGCAGUUUUUGGGGAGGAAAUAUGGCCUGCAGCUGAAUAUGGGAGAACCAUGUAUACCAUUCGUCAAAGAAUUGGUCCACUACUCAUGAAACUGCAGAAGAGAUACGGAAAGGUGGAUACUGGUGGCGAGUUGACUGAGAAGGAAAUUAUCAGAAAUGAGAGGAACUCUGGAGUUAUCAGUAACAGAGUUAGGGAAAUUCAAAUGCAAAAUUACCUUCGGAAAAAAGAGCAGAAACAGCAGAGAGAGAAAGACCUUCGAGAAGGAUUGCAGCUUUACAAGAAUGCCAAGUACGAAGAGUCACUGGAGAAAUUUGAGUCAGUUUUGGGAUCAAAACCAGAGCCAAAUGAAGCAUCUGUGGCAAGUUACAACGUAGCAUGCUGUUAUUCGAAGCUUAAUCAGAUACAAGCUGGCCUGUCCGCCUUAGAGGAUGCUCUGAAAGGCGGAUUUGAAGAUUUUAAGAGAAUCAGGACAGAUCCUGACCUUGCCAACAUAAGGGCAUCUGAGGAAUUCGAACCUCUUAUGAAGAAGUUUGAUGAAUCAUUUAUCAAUGAAAACGCUAUCAAUGCUAUCAAAUCAAUAUUCGGCAUAUUCAACAAGGAAUAA